AUGAACCCCACUCAGCAUCCCAUAGUAUUUUUAAAAGAUGUUAGUCAUUCAGCGCUUAGGGACUUAUUACAGUUUAUGUACCAAGGUGAAGUUAAUGUUAAGCAAGAAGAAUUAGCGUCGUUUAUUAGUACCGCGGAACAACUUCAAGUUAAAGGUUUAACCGGUAAUCAAAAUGAAGAAAGUUCCACGCCAUCCAAACCAAAGCCGACGUCGAGGCCAGGCCCGAGGUCGUCACAACAAAGGCAAUCUGUUAUGACUAAGUUAGAGACUGAUUUAGAUUCUAAGCCCUCCUCAACUCCAGUAGCAAUUAAGAGACCAAAUAGGCCAUCAAUAGCAUCAAAUAAUUCGUCAUCAUCUCAAAGUGGACCUGCGAAACGAAAAUGUGUAGAUCCCUUAGAAGCCGGACCCUCUGGAUCAACAAAAGAGGAAUUUGUUACGAUACCGGACGAAGAUGAAAAUAACGCAGUGGCACCGAAAAUGGAACCCGAAUUUGUUAAUGAAAGCAUGUGGGAUGAAGAUGACGAUGGCACGAAUAACGAUGAAACAAAUUUCGGCGAAGAUGACUCGAAUAUGGAAAUGACUGGCUUUGAUGGUUCAACGACGGGUGAUGGUAAUAUAACUGGAGGUGGGGAAGGCGGCGCUGUUGGUGACGCACAAGGAGCGGAUGUUGGAAGUCUGGAAAGUGCGGUGCGAUACACGGUGACUCAGCGAGGGGCUCCCUGCCUCAUGCUCGACGGUUACGGGUUCGUAGCCCGUAAGAAGCGAGGGACCCGUGUAUACUGGACAUGCAGGAAUCGUAAACCAUUAGGAUGCCCAGCUCGAGCUCUCACCAUCGAAGGUCGCUUAGUCAUGCGCCACUUCGACCACAACCACGUCCCACAAAAGCACACCGAUCAGAUUACUCACAUUGAAAGCUUAAUUGAAAUAAUAUCUGCUGAAAAA